CACUUGCUGCCUGCUUCUCUGUCCCUGUCUUUUCCAAACUUUGACCGAAACCAAACAAAGCCAGCAAGGAAGGAAAGAAAGAAGGAAGAACCCUCUGCACCUUUCGGCGCUCUUUUUCUUUUCUCUCUAUUUUCUUUCCUUCCCUCCCUCCAUCCAUUCACCUCUUUCUUCUUUCUUCCUUCUUCUUCUUCUUAAUUAUAUUAGCAAUUUGCAAUCUAUUAUUACAUGUUUAUGUUUCUUCCUAAUAGCACUUGUUGUUUUGUGUGUUUAUUUAUGUACCCCUAAUUACCCACACUGCUACACCAUUAUCCUAACCAUAUUCUAAUCCCUUAUUAUUAUAUUACCUUAAACAAAACAAACUCUAUAAUUGUUGUCUUUUGGUAUGUUGUUGUGUUAGAGUUAGUGAGUGUCUGAGUGAUGAUAUGUUAUAUCUUUCUCCCUCUGCUGUGAACAACAACACAAACUGAACUUGCUUCCUAGCUUCACUCCCAACCACAUCACCCAAAUCUAGCGCCAUAUCUAGUUCUGCAGAAGAGACCCUUUUACUCAUUUCUUCAAAUUUUCAGUUCUUUUGUUAGGUGAAAUCAAGCCCACUAAUGCACGCACGCAUUAGAGAAGGGCGUUGAAACCGUGUGAUUUCUGCUGGAGCUUGACUAGUCAUCUUCUAUGCUGUCUUUUGUUACAGAAAAUAUGGGAUUACUAUGUAGCAAAAAUCGCCGUUAUAAUGAUGCUGACACUGAAGAAAAUGCACAGACUGCAGAAAUUGAAAGAAGAAUAGAGUUAGAAACGAAGGCUGAAAAACAUAUUCAGAAACUUCUUCUACUAGGAGCCGGAGAGUCAGGGAAGUCUACAAUCUUUAAACAGAUAAAACUUUUGUUUCAAACUGGCUUUGACGAGGCAGAGCUAAAAAGCUACCAACCAGUCAUACAUGCUAAUGUAUAUCAGACAAUAAAAUUACUGCAUGACGGAGCAAAGGAGUUGGCCCAGAAUGAUGUUGAUUUUUCAAAGUAUGUUAUAUCCGAUGAAAACAAGGAAAUUGGGGAAAAGUUAUCAGAAAUUGGGGGCAGGCUGGAUUACCCCUGUCUCACCAAGGAACUAGCACUGGAAAUAGAGAAUUUAUGGAAGGAUGCUGCAAUUCAGGAAACAUAUGCCCGCGGUAAUGAGCUCCAAGUUCCAGAUUGUACCCACUAUUUCAUGGAAAAUCUGCACAGACUGUCCGAUGCAAAUUAUGUUCCAACAAAGGAUGAUGUUUUGUAUGCAAGAGUGCGUACCACUGGUGUUGUAGAGAUCCAGUUCAGCCCUGUUGGAGAAAAUAAGAAAAGCGGUGAAGUCUAUAGACUAUUUGAUGUCGGCGGUCAGAGAAAUGAGAGGCGAAAAUGGAUCCAUCUGUUUGAAGGAGUUUCAGCUGUAAUAUUCUGUGCUGCAAUUAGCGAGUACGAUCAAACACUUUUUGAGGAUGAAAACAAGAACAGAAUGAUGGAGACUAAGGAACUUUUUGAAUGGGUCUUGAAGCAGCCAUGUUUUGAGAAAACAUCCUUCAUGUUAUUUCUAAACAAGUUUGACAUAUUUGAGAAGAAGAUCCUGAAAGUCCCUCUUAAUGUUUGUGAGUGGUUCAAAGAUUACCAGCCAGUUUCAACAGGGAAACAGGAGAUUGAGCACGCAUAUGAGUUUGUAAAGAAAAAGUUUGAAGAAUCAUAUUUCCAGAACACUGCCCCGGACCGUGUAGAUCGCGUCUUCAAGAUCUACCGGACCACUGCUCUUGAUCAGAAGGUUGUGAAGAAGACAUUCAAGCUUGUUGAUGAGACAUUGAGACGGCGGAAUCUCUUUGAGGCUGGCUUGUUAUGACCAAUUUAACCAUGUGUUAUUAUAAGAGGGAUAAAAUAUUUACAUUGAAAAGAGGUGAUCAGAGAUUUUGGGUAUACUAGAGAUCAGGUAUACUAAAAUAUUAAAUCGAUUUGUUGAUUUUAUUUCCCAAGUAAAUCUUGCUGGAUGAGUGGAUGGAGAAAAAGGGCCUUUCUUAAAUAGUUGAUUUUCACAUCCAUCUUCAAAGGGCUAAUUGGUUGUGCGGAAGUUUCAAGAUUGAUAUCAUGAUCUAUGAUUAUGUUUCUAUAGAGUAAAAGUCACUCAUGAUAUGUUGUAUUUCAUAUUCACAUUUCAUAUUGCUUUUCCAUGCCCAUGGUUGUGUUGUUGUACGUGCCUUGUGUCAUGCUGUAUGAAGUUCUGAAUUCAUAUAUAGGAUAUGUUUUGAUAAACAA